AUGACAGAACUUGAAAUUAAUCCCCACGACAGGAAACCCGCGGGCAAGCCCUCUCAGGCCCAGGGCGUGCGCUUCGCAGUGGACCCUGCUGCUGCUGCUGAGCAGGAGGGGGGGGGGCCCAUGGAAGUGGAUGGAGACAGAACAGGGGGGCCCCCUUCUGAAGAAAGUUUGGAGUUGGAUUUGUUCUUGAGAGAAGCAAACGGCGCUCUUUCCUACAAUGCCUUCGACGCCCAGCCAGGCAAACCCUAA